CUUAACCAUAAGCAACCUAAAAAAUUCGAAUCCAGCAGCGGAGCGCAAGCUAAGCCUUCUGAUUUGGCUUACAUCCACCAUCAUGUGGAAGGCAUAUUAGUAACGAGAAAGUUCGCCCAUUGUCCUCCAGGUUGUCAAGAACGGCGAACCAGAUCUGUGAAGCAAGCUCGUGGGCGCGGAGUCUCUGGAAUUCCCACAGGCAAUGAACUGAUCUGCUCACACCAUAACAUAACCGUAUUCAUUCAGCUUUGCAUAACUGUGCAGACAACCAUAAGUGCCAAUGAGUACAACAGGAUUCAUAAUAAAUCUUAUUAUACGCAAUGGAUGGAAUGUUCCCUGACCCUUUAGACGUGCAUGAAACAUAUCUAGGAGAUGCAUCUAGCGGCUAAGUGUGUCAAGUCUGGCUGUACAAUAGCUUAGCUCAGUAAGAAACAAGUAAAAGAUGUUAUAUUUGGAUAUCAUAUCAUUGCUGGUGAAUGACAACGUUGUUUUAGAGGAUCCAAAAUUGCCAUUGGCACACAGUCACCACAGGCGUACAAAACAUCUUCUACUCUCUCUGAGACUUCAGAAUCUCUGUAACCCAUGACAGAUCUUGAUGUUCUCAGGAGCCUUAAUAGAACGUAUGAACUCCGACGAUCUAAACAGACAAGCAUGGCAUACACUAACUUAUGAGCCAGAGCCCUGAAUUACUGAUUGCUAGGGACGUUGCAAAUGUAAACUUAUCAAAGCAAGCGGAGGAAGAGGUGCACCUGUUACUGUUCUGUGAAGUAUGCCAGAAGGAGCUGUUCAAGUUGCUCUCUGAUAAUAGCAGCUUUGCCACAAGAACUCCCCGCGAAAAUACAUUAAGCCCACUGCAGGCUGACACAAGCCGAUUCCACUAACGGUGGUCUGAUGAAUAUUUCUAUUAGAAGAUGAUCACGAAGCUCUCCAAGUGUAUGUAUUACUUAACGAGAGCGGCCAAAGGAACAAAUAAAUCUGGCCGUCGAGGAUCUGCAAUUCUGCUGUAAAUUGUAGCACAUCAACUGUCUUAUUCCGUAAGGGAAUCCGUCGGCCGGCCUGAGAGCACUCCAGCAACCGUGCUUGUUCUUGUUCUUACUUCAUACUUCUUGUCCUUCUUGAUAAAUAUUUCGACAAUCCGACGAUUAUAAAUAGUGGGUUGAGUAGAGAAUCGAAUGGAUCGCACACCCUUCUCCGCAAUUUUGCCAGAAAUGGAGAACACCAAUCACCUCCAUGCUUCAGAUUCCCCAGCUUUAACACCAAACUUUUUCUUCAAUGAGGACUCCUUCCCGGAUUUCGGAAUCACGGAUAUGGCGGAGCUUGAAUACCACAGUGGCUCCGAAGAGGAGCGAGAAGCAGAGGAAGAAGACGACUUUCACUACGACAACCAGCCGCAGCAGCAGCAAGUCUUUGAUCCCGGAGCCUGGUUCGACAUUCUCAAACACCGUCUCUCCUCCUCCCCUGGCAAGAUAAACCGCGAAUCGGCCGCAGAUGGCACCCGAGAGCUGUGGGCUAACGAAAUCAUAAAGCUGGCAGGUGCCAGAAUCAUACAAUCUCAAGGGAUUGAAUUCGACCUACCUUCAUUGCUCGAGAAUCCAUUUCAACUCACCGGCGGCGGCGGCGAUGAUAGCGGCGGCCGUGAUUCCACCGGACUUACCGAGGAAGAAGCCAAGAACGUGGAGCUCAUGGAGUACCUCCUCGAUUGCGCCGAGAAAGUCGGGAAGGGGAAAUUCGACCGCGCCGCCGUUCCCCUCCGCCUCUGCAACCGACUGGCCUCCCAGACCGGCAACCCGAUCCAGCGGGUCGGGUACUACUUCUGCAGCGCCCUCCGCCAGAGGAUCGAAGGUCGCGGAGCGGCAGAAGACGAAGACGACGAUCGGAAGCCGUUCGAUUCCGACGCGGCGGUGACGCUCCCGGACAAGAGCGCGGUGGAGUUCCGCAACCGAGUCCCCUUCUACACCGCCUCCCAGCUCGCCGCCGUCCAGAUCUUGAUGGACAACAUCGCCGGAGAAACACGGAUCCACGUGAUCGACCUCCGGAUCUGCUCCGGCCUGCCGAUGAUUGCUCUAAUGCAGGCUCUAUCGAGUUCCGGCGAUUCGAUCGAGAUGCUUCGAAUCACCGCCAUAGCACAGGACGCGACGGAGGAGAAGUUCAUCCACGGGUCGGGUCGGAGGCUGGCGGGUUUCGCCCGAGGGAUGGGAUUGCCGUUCUCUUUCAACGUGGUGAGGAUAUGGGAGCCUCCCUCGGCCCACAAGGACAAACUGGGCCUCCAGCCCAAGGAAGCGACGGUGGUGUUCUCCGACUACGCGCUCGGCCCGAUGAUCGCCCGGCCCAACCGGCUCCACGAGAUGAUGAAGCUGAUCCGGUCCGUCCGGCCGCGGGUUAUGGUGGCGAUCGAGACGGAGGCGAACCACAACGCGCCGGAUUUCGGCCACCGGUUCGUCGAGACGUUGUUCACCGCCGGCGCGUACUUCGACUGCCUGGCGAGUUGUAUGGAAGGGAACGAGGCGGCGAGGGCGGCGGUGGAGUCGUGGUACCUGAAUGACCGGAUCAGGAACGUGCUGGUGGCGGAAGGGGAGAAGAGGGUUGUUCGGGAUGUGAAGAUUAGGGUUUGGAGGAAGUAUUUUGCGAGAUUUGGGAUGCUGGAGAUUGGGAUUCGAGGGCUGGCGUUGCAGCAUGCGAGCAUGGUGAUUCGCGAGUCGCCGUUCGCGGGUUCUUGCUUGGUUGGGCUGGAUUGCAAGAGCUUGAUGAUUGGGUGGAAGGAUAUGCCGUUGCUCUCUGUUUCUGCCUGGAAGUUUAUGAAGGCAAUGCCGCAGUAGCACAGAGCUGUGUUGUAAUUUGGAUUUACAUUCCCAUGCUCAACAAGCAUACAAACAAUGACUGUCUUUUGUUAGUGACUUAGAGCAUCUCCAACAAUGCAAUCCUUCUUCAAGUGUGGUCCAUACUGCCACCUAAGCAACUCUAGCAAUUACUUCACUCAUCAAUUUCAUACUAGCUACAUCGAUGUCAUUCCAAUGCAAUUGCACCCUGGGUCCCACUUACAUUUUAAUACCACACAAAUGGUUGUGAAAAGAAGAAAGAAAAACAAAAACAAACAAAGGACCCACUUGCAAUUGCAUGUCAGAUUUUCAUUGUGUGCAAAUUUUCAUCCCUUGAAAGUGGUCUUGCAUCAAUGUCAUCCACUUUUUCAAUUGCACAUGGCUGCCACCUCAGCUUGCAAUUCCCUCCAUUUGCACCAUUGGAGAUGCUCUUAGUGCCAUGGUUGAGUGGUUGAUGCGUUAACCCACGUGCUGCUUGAGCGAUAGCGGGGCUUUUUAAACCACUAGGGUGCCUGCAUACUAAUCGGGACUUUCUGCUACUAACAUCGGGAAGGCGAAGGCUUCGCCUCCGAUACCAAGAGUGUCGUCUGGAACGCUCAAGCGGUGCCACUGGGAAUGAAACUCAGGACCUCCCACAUCCAGAGCUCAAUUGGUCCAGUGGUUUCACCACUAGGCUAUGUUACCUUUGGCGAUGAGAAUGAUUAUUGCAUUACAACAUCAACUUUUUUAAUUUCGAACUUCUUCCCAGCACUCUUCCGUUUCAUCUCCAAAACGCGUUGAAAACAUCUCGAAUCUUUUCUCGAUCAAGAUAUUAUCCGCUUUGGGUCCAAGCCUAUACGAUUUUUUGCCUUGAGGUACAUAUGAAAGUGACUUUCCAGAAGGUGAUUCGUCAUUGUAGUCCUCUACAGUGAGCACGUUUAGUUUAAAAAGUCUUUCAUUUCACUUCAAAAAAUAUUUUAUCAAUUGAAGUUGAUUACUUGCUUAUGAAUCAUAUAUAUCUCUCUUCCACCGUUGCAUAUUGGGUACAAACCCUUCACAAAAGAUAACAUGAGCCGGAAUAUCUAUGGGAAAAUUGAUAAUAAAAAAAGGGUAAAUACAAUUUAAUAUCCAAACCUUUUAUUUUAAACAAUAUAAUAGCCAAACCUUUUCGAAAACAAUCUAAUAUCCAAAUCGUCAACUUUCUGUCUGUUUGAACGUUAGUUGACACUUCAAAAAAGUUCGAAGUACGACACUUCAUCAAUACCCAUCGAUAUCUUCUCUGAAAAAACACCAACAUAUCGU